GAUACAGUGAUGUGGGAUCGGGCGGCGCGCUGCAGUCUGGGAAAUGUUGUCCUCAACUGUAAUUCCGGCUAGGCAAAGAGAAUGCGUAAGAACUACAAGUCCCAUAACCCACUGCGUGUUGAUGCAUUACCCCUUUAGUUUUAAGGGAUGGAGCGGUAGAUAGUAACCAGGGGCAGAGAGCACAGAGAUGAGCGGGGGAACGUGCCUACGCAGAAGGGGGGGACCCUACAAGACUGAUCCAGCAACUGACCUAACACGUUGGCGCCUCACUUGCACGGAGGGUAGACAAACCUGGCACUAUGUGGAGGGAGAAGAUCGUCCACAAACUGCCCUGGAGGCGCACUCUCUGGGGUUGGAUACGAGUGACUUUAUAAAGGACUUAACAAAGGCGCAAACUGCCCAAGAUGGUGCUGAGAAUGGAGUAACAUUUUAUUCUGCUUUACAAGCAGAAGAUGGUCAUUGGCCUGGCGAUUAUGGUGGUCCUCUGUUUUUAAUGCCAGGUCUUCUGAUUGUAUGCCACGUGACUCAGACUCCCCUUCCUGACACCACCAAAAAGGAGAUGAUACGCUACCUACGAUCUGUACAGCUUCCUGAUGGAGGAUGGGGCCUGCAUAUUGAAGAUAAGAGUACCGUGUUUGGCACUGCUCUCAGUUAUGCCUCCUUGCGCCUUCUUGGCGUGUCCCAGGAUGACCCAGAUAUGACCCGGGCCCGUAACAAUCUUCAUAGUAAAGGGGGUGCCAUUGGUAUUCCUUCUUGGGGGAAGUUCUGGUUAGCUGUGCUCAAUGUGUACAGUUGGGAGGGAAUGAACACUCUGUUCCCAGAGAUGUGGCUUCUUCCUGAGUGGUUUCCUGCUCACCCUAGCACCAUUUGGUGUCAUUGUAGACAGGUUUACCUGCCCAUGAGUUACUGCUAUGCUACUCGCUUAAGUGCUCAUGAGGAUGAUUUGAUCCGCAGCUUAAGACAAGAGCUGUACGUGCAGGAAUAUAGCAGUAUCAAUUGGCCUGCGCAGAGGAACAAUGUUGCUGCUUGUGACAUGUACACACCACACAGUAUGCUACUUAACUUUGCUUAUGUCCUGUUGAAUAUAUAUGAGACAUACCACAUUCCCGCCCUCCGCCGACGUGCAGUGCAUGAAUUGUAUGAUCAUGUAACAGCAGAUGACCGGUUUACGAAGUGUAUCAGCAUUGGUCCAAUCUCUAAGGUGAUUAAUAUGCUGGUCCGUUGGCAUGUAGAUGGACCAGAAUCUUCUUCAUUCCGUGAACACGUAGAUUGCAUCCCUGAUUACCUUUGGCUGGGAUUGGAUGGGAUGAAAAUGCAGGGCACAAACGGCUCUCAGCUCUGGGAUACGGCCUUUGCAAUACAGGCAUAUUUAGAGGCUGGAGCACACAAGAAAAAACAGUUUCAAAAAUCUUUGGAGAAGGCACAUGGAUUUCUUCGUAUUACACAGAUACCAGAUAACCCUCCAGAGUACAAGAAGUACUACAGACAAAUGAACAAGGGUGGGUUCCCAUUCAGCACCCGUGACUGUGAUUGGAUUGUGGCAGACUGCACCGCUGAGGGGCUGAAAUCUGCGAUGUUACUCCAAGAAAACUGUCCUUUCUUAUCUGAACAUAUUCCAAAAAACAGAUUGCGGGAUGCUGUAGAUGUGCUACUCAGUAUGAAGAAUUCCGAUGGGGGAUUUUCUACCUAUGAAACCAAACGUGGUGGACGCUUGCUGGAACUACUUAAUCCCUCUGAAGUAUUUGGAGACAUUAUGAUUGACUACACGUACGUGGAGUGCACAUCUGCCGUAAUGCAAGCCCUGAGACAUUAUCAGGCUUGGGACCCAGACUACAGAGCAGAUGAAAUCAGAGAGACCCUCCAAGAUGGCCUGGAUUACUGUCGGAGAGUUCAGAGAAAAGAUGGAUCAUGGGAAGGGUCCUGGGGUGUAUGUUUUACAUAUGGCAUAUGGUUUGGGUUGGAGGCAUUUGCUUGCAUGGGAUAUAAAUACCAAGACGGUUGCUCAGAGGUCACCCUUGCCUGUGAGUUUCUUCUCUCUCACCAAAUGGAAGAUGGAGGCUGGGGAGAAGAUUUUGAAUCUUGUGAAGAGAGAAGAUACGUUCAGAGUCCUAACUCUCAAAUACACAAUACGUGCUGGGCAUUGCUGGGUCUAAUGGCUGUUAGGUUUCCCAAUAUUGCUAUUUUAGAGAGAGGAGUCAAACUGCUGCUGGAGAAGCAACUUGGCAAUGGAGACUGGCCUCAGGAGAAUAUAUCAGGCGUCUUUAACAAGAGCUGUGCCAUCAGCUACACUUCAUAUCGGAAUGUAUUUCCAAUUUGGACACUUGGACGUUUUUGCCGUCUUUACCCAGAGAAUCCCCUUGCUGGAGUUCACAAGAGCAGACAUGGCUGAACGAUAGCAGAUAAGAAACCUGGACCAGCAACCGUAUACAGGAUUAGUCUACCUCCUGACCUGUGUGCUCCCUUUUUUUUAAUUAAAUUUAAAUUUUUCAUUUAUAACUUUUUUUUUUUUUCUAGAAUUAUCUGUUCUCAGUUCUUAAUUCACUGACUUGUACAGUAUUUAACUCAUAAUAACAUGGGGUAUAUUUCAAUUUUGGAAAUUUUAGUAAUUUAUAAUGAUUUCAGACCUCUUGGAUCUGAUUCAUGUAAACUAAGACUUGAGAUAAUGUCAAUUAUGUAGAUAAUGUCUUUUUUUAACUAGCAAAGCUGUGAUACAACUGAAUGUAUCUAUAAAGAAAUAAAGAUUUUACCAUACCUGUCUUCUUAU